AUGUCCACGGUCAAAUCCGUCGUCUGCCCGGUAUGCUGCGGAUUCACUACUCUCAUCAUCGGCACCAAUCGCAAGUCUCCGCUGCACCUCUCGCGUGCUCCGAAUACUGUCCUCUCGGUCCGCAUGUGGAAAGCGCUCAUUGCGCUCCUCUCGUCCGCGUUCACACUGACGCCAGACGGCCACGCCCCGACCCUCCCCAGUGCGUGUGAGCAACACGUCGCGGGCGACGGGGCCACGCUGUCGGCGGCACCCCCCCUGCCCUCGGAGCCCCGUGCUCCACCCUGGCUGCCGUUUGGGCCACAGCGUCUCCUGAACUCUGGAGCAACUACAGAUUUCAACGUGUCUCAGCCUGCUUUAAGAGUGUGUUCUGUUUGCUUAGGGCCCAUCGAGUUUGAGGAGUGCAACACCGCUAUUGCCACUGAAGGAGCCAAACCCAGGAAGAGGAAGACUUUCGCCAUCCCAGGACGCAGAAAAGACAAGGACACGGACUCCACAGAAUCCACUGAAGUUGAAGCUACCAACGCUGCCAAUGGAGCACCCCCAGGGUACAAUGGGAACAUAGACAUCCAAAACGCCAAUGUUCCCCAGGUUGACGAAGACGGUUUCUGUAUCAGGCCCGAGGUCAAUGAAAAUGAUGCCAAAGAGAACUCUUUCUACUCGUCAAGUGACUCCGAGGACGAGGACGAGCCCAAGAAGUUCCACGUGGAGAUCAAGCCGGUGCAGCCCAACAACGGAACCAUCCAGAGCCGGGCCACGAUCGACGAGCUCAAGGCCUCCAUUGGGAACAUCAGCCUAUCGCCCUCCGCCACGAGUCAGAUUCGGAGGAAUCAAUCCAGUGAUGAGCUAGGAAAGACUAGGAUGCCGACAUCUUAUAAUGACAGCAGACUGACCAACAGUGACCUGCUGUCGCUGGAUCCGUUUGGCCCCUCCCCUGGAGCCGGCUCCUCCCCCUCUGUCGCCUCAUCUGCAGACCUCGCUUCCCUUUUCCUCCCCAGUCCUCCUUCUCCGUCUCUCCACCCGAAUGACUUAGAUGUCUUUCUGCCAGAGGAGCCAGCUGAGGUGGUGUCAGAGCAAGAGCUCUCGCCCCACAUUGCUGAAAGCCUGCAGCAGCAGCCCCAAUUUGGCGCCUCUCCCCUCCAAUCCUCGGCCACCUCCACCUCUCCCUGGGACUCCCUGGAUGAGCCCUUCCCGGGGCUGAGGCCCAUCCCAGCCAGGGCCCAUAGCGCCCCCCUCAGCAGGCCCAUGGAGCCCCUGGAACCCUCCCAGAGCCCAGCGCUCGUCCCAACCUGGGCCACAGCCACGCAGCCUCAGAGUGCAGACGCCUUCUGCUCCCUCUCCUGGUCCAAGAGCCAGUGGAUCGCCUUCAAUGAUGACGUUGUGCCAUUGCGCCGCCAGACUAUUAGCGGUGGGGGGGUGAGGGAGCCCCCCCGGACCCAGUCCAUCCCCCCCACCUUUCCUCCACCCCGCUUCUUCACUGACGACCCCGCUGACCCCUACAACAGGGUGUCUCUGGGCAGUGGGGCAAAGGUUAGGUUAGGGGAGCCAAACAGCACCACCGGUGACCAGGAUAUCUACGCUCCACUGGCAGCAGCUACAAUCAGCCAGAUCACCAACGUGCCUGUCCCCAACCGCCCCACCACCCCCCUGGCUGCUGGAGCCCUGGUGCCCCCCCCUCGACCCUCCUCCAGGCCCAAGCUGCCCACCAGCAAGCUCACUGGCAUCAAUGAGAUUGUGCGGCCGUUUAGCCCGCCCAAGGCGACGUCCAACGCCAGCCCGCCUCCGGCACCGCUGGCCCGGGCAGAGAGCUCCUCCUCUCUGUCCUCCAACGCCUCUCUGAGCGCGAGCAACACGCCCACAGUGGGGCCGGAGCGUGCCCCCCUCGCCGCCUCGUCCUCCUCUCCAGGGCCAGAGCUUCUCCUCUCCCUCUCUCCCUUCCUCCUCCUCAGUCAGAAGGACGAUGGCUUCAUAGCCAAGCUGCCCACCUUUGAGAAGCGCUGUGAGACGCCCGCAGGGACAUCUCGCGGACCCAGCCCGGUGACCCUGGCUUCCCAGGAUGCUUUGCCCAUCGCUGUGGCCUUCACAGAAUCUGUUAAUGCCUACUUCAAAGGAGCUGAUCCUACUAAGUGCAUAGUGAAGAUCACCGGAGACAUGACGCUCUCCUUCCCCAUGGGCAUCAUGAAGGUGUUCACCAGCAACCCCUCUCCCGCCGUGCUCACCUUCAAACUGAGGAACACCAGCAAGCUGGAGCAGAUCCUGCCCAAUCAGCAGCUACUGUACAGCGACCCCUCACAGAGCGACUCCAACACCAGGGAUUUCUGGUUCAACAUGCCGGCCCUGACAUCGUACCUAAGGAAGUCCUCAGAGCAGAACCCCACAGCCUCCUACUACAACGUCGACAUCCUCAAGUACCAGGUGGUGUCCAAUGGUAUCCAGUCCACCCCUCUGAACCUGGCGGUGUACUGGAAGUGCACGGCCACCACCACCGACCUGCGCCUCGACUACCGCUACAACCCGGAGUCCAUGACCUGCCCGGGCACGCUCACCAACCUCCAGGUCCUAGUGCCCGUUGAUGGAGGGGUCACCAGCAUGCAAGCUCUGCCCAACGCCAUCUGGAACACAGAGCAGCAGAAAUCGUUAUGGAAGCUGAGCGAUAUCUCUGACAAUGAAGGCUCGGGGUCUCUCAGGGCUAAGUUUGAGCUUUCCGAUGGCCCCUCCACCCCCUCCACCCUGGCCGUCCAGUUCAUGAGCGAGGGGAGCACACUCUCGGGGGUGGACAUGGAGCUGCCCGGCUCUGGGUACCGACUCUCCCUCAAUAAAAAGCGGUUUGCCACAGGGCGCUACAUGGCAGACUGCUGAGCCAACACCCAAACCUGGACUCCCUUAAGCACAACGUCUCUAUAGAAACUAAGUUACUUUGUUUUACUUUCACACGUUCCCUCUUUUUUGUCCUGUUUUCGGAUGAAGGAUGAAGGAGGAAUCUUGGGGGAGUUUGGGACAGGCCUCGACUUUCUGGAACCAUCCGUGCAUUUUCAGGCCAGGUUCCCCUUCCCCUCCCCUUGGUUAGAGAGAAGACUACAGGAACACCGCACUGGGUAUGCAACACUGUUUAGAAUUUAAAAGAAAGAAAUUAACAGACGGAACUAAUGUGGAGUUGUCAGCAAAUGUAAAGUAAUGAGAUGGGUCUGAUGCUUUCUGACCUGUUCUGACUUUUAUAAAGUCAGAUAUGUAGUAUGUGUUGUAUAGGUAACAUAAUGUAUGGAUUAUAUAUAAAUCUAUGUUAUAUCUAAAAAGAAAAAAAAUGAAAGAAAAAAAUCGGCACUAACAAUCUCUACUUUCUGUAAUUCAUCUAAGCUCUUGGUGUUGCAAAGAUGGGCAGAACACAGAAAAGAUUAUAUGAACGUAAACUACUCGCCUUUUUUUUUUUUUCAUCCAUCCUUCCAUCUAUCUCCACUGUAAAUGCAAUUGCUGAUUGCUUUAAUUGACCAGACUGAACUCUGAACUCCAGACUGAUUUAUUUUUGCCUUGUCAUCUUUUCUGGUUUCCUUCUUAUCCAAUCAUGUGCAAUGAAGCGAUUAAGUGAAUAAGCUGUCUCAAACUACAACUCAGUCCUCUCUCAAACAUCUAUGGCUCAAACCUUGAUACAUUGUCAUUGUGUUGUCGAUUUUAACAAGUACUCUGAUACAAAAGCAAAAAAUGACUACUAAACUGACCUCAGUGCCUGUUUGAACUGUGGACGAUUCUGUGGAGAAAUGUGCCUAAAGCUUUUUCUCUUUUCUCUUUUGUAUGCAAAAGCACAGUCAAAAAAUAAAGCACCAAUCUUAAGCCAGUUAAUAUAUAAAACCUUUUUUUUCGGAUACCGAAGGGAAAAAUCCUGUCUUACGAAUUGUAUCUAAACCCAAAGGCCUUUGUCUUCCAGAGAGGUUUGGCCCAGUAGAAUCUCUCCAAACCUCGUAGCUGCCUUUUGCAAUGACGAUGUCUGAUGUAUUUUCUAUCGAUAUAAAAUCUUUUACAAUUUGUAUUCAAUACUUGAGUUAGUCAAACAAUAUCCAGUGGAAUCAAAAUGAGGCCAAAUCAUUUAAGUUCUUGAAAUGCCUUAAACAGACCUGAAGCCAACAGGUGUUGACAACUUUGAGGAGAUAUUCCUCAGUAGUCUGUACUGCCAGGUGCCAUAUGUGGUACUUGAUUCUGACCUAAGACACAAUAGUUAGAGAUGACUUAUUGCCUUAUUCCAACUGAAAAUCAGCAGUAAAGAGACUUCCUCCUCUUAGAGAAACCUUAUUUACCAGUCAGUUAAACAGGGCUUUAUCUGCCUCUUUUCAUCCAAAGCCUUUAUUGUGAAAUCCACGACCACAUGAUUAGAAUAUGCAGUCACUGAUUGGAUCCGUAGUACCUAGUAACAAUGAAUGGUGUUGCUAAUUGGCUAAUGAAAAGGGGUUUGCAGGUGCUACACCAGGAAGUAGCCUACAAUACCUACUAUGUCUUGUCAUGGCUUGGUACUAUCCCAUCAGCAGACAAAGGAUCCCUCAAGUGUAUGAUGACCGUGGGAUUCUCACAUGGUUUACUAGACAUUAAUCACAUCUAGUAUGAGAAUAAAUAAUAAAAAAAAAUAUUGUGAAGAUUCUUUAUCGAAAGGCCUUCCUGUUCUAAGGGCAGUUGGAAACUGUCCAGGCAUCCGGCCUUGUGUCUUAAUGUCUGAUUCACUGAUGCGUUAAUGAAACAACAAAAGUUAUUAUUGUUAACAAUGUUGUAAAACAAUGGUUGUAUGUAAAACAUGGUUGUUUUCUACACAGUACUUGGCACAAAUAUCUUGUAAUAUGAAACUUUUUCAUCGCUAUUUUAGUGGUCUUUUUUAAUCGUAUGCCUUUAAUUCAAGAAUUAUUGUAGCCUGAUGGAGACUAGACCUUCAGACAGAAGUGCAGCCAGGUGAUAACAUUAGAUGGGGUGCCCUUCCAAAACAGUCCAAGUAUCUCGCCAUCUCAGAAAUGCUGUCUUUCACUCCAUCACUCAACCAAAUAAUGCAAGGUAGCCCAAAACGGGAGUGAGUUGUAUUACUUUUUUUUUUCAUCUUUUUUUUUCUCAUAAAGUACAUAUCAAAUCUGGAUUAUUUGUGGGAAUCUCCUAAAGUGACUGUUGUAAAUUCUUUCCAACUAUCUAUAUGAAGUCACUGAGACCUCCUACAGAAUCACAAUGGACCUGAAUGCAAUGUAAAGCAAGCUGGUUCUUGCUGUCUCAUAACACAACACUCAAUGAAAUUGUCCAAGGCAUUUUUGUCACCUUUUUUUGUAUGUUUGUCGAAUGGAGAAUAAGAGCAAAUUCAGCGUAAAUGAUUCUCAUAAUAUGUAAAUAUUUACCGAUAUCUCAGCCACUUUUCAUUUUCACUUUAUGAUUUCUCAAUGUGCCUGUAUUAAAUGUGUAAUAUAUGAAUAUAUACAAAUAUAUAAAAAUGACUACUUAAUG